ACAAUCGCCAGUUCAAGCAUGGAGGAGAACUCUCAAGACAACCCUCCCUUUCCACCACAAGAUCUGGAGAAAAUAAAAUCGAUGCCGAUGCCGAUGCCGCCUAUCGGAUUGAAACUGGAAAUAACCGAGUCUUUUCUCAAUGAGUUGGAAGCAGGUAUCAAGAGUAGCACCAGACAAAGUGGAUGUGAGAUAUAGCCGUGAUAAGGUUAAGGCUUCCCAUGUUGAAAUCACCACCUUUACUGUAGGAAACUGGAAGAGGGAGGCUAUUUACAGAGGCACCUUGACUGCCAAAUUCUACUAUGCCCAUAAGAAGCUAGUGUGGGAGUUUCUUUAUGGGCUACGGAAGAGCAAAAUUGAAGUUUCUUGGUCUGAUAUCAUUGCUAUUGAGGCUGUUACAAACCCUGAUCAACCCGGAUUUCUUCGAAUUCAGUUGGCUAAGCCUCCUCUCUUCUUCCGAGAGAUCACACCUCAGCCGCGAAAGCCAACUAAAUGGAAGCCGGCAGAUGAUUUCACUGGUGGCCAAUCCCUACUUUGCAGCACACAUGAAGCAACGUUCCCACCUGGAGAACUUUAUAAACACUACGAGAUGCUUCUGAUAAAAGAUGAGCAUCUGGCUGAGCUCAGUCGCAGGCGCUUCCCGACAAAUGAUCAUCUAGCUGAGCUCAGUCGCUGGCCCUUCCCAACAAAUGAUAAUAAUGAUAAGCCGAAGGCUUCCAAUGUCACAAUCACCAGCUUUCUUGUAGGAAACUGGAAGAGGGUGUCUAACUACCAAGGCGACUUGACUGCCAAAUUCCACUAUGCCAAGAAGAAGCUGGUGUGGAAUUUUUUUGAUGGGCCACGGAAGAUCAAGAUGGAAGUUUCGUGGUCCGAUAUCACUGCCAUCGAGGCUGUUAUGAACCCUAAUCAACUCGGAUGUCUUCGAAUUGAUUUGGCUAGCACUCCUCUCUUCUUCCGAGAAAUCUCACCUCAACCGGGAAAGCAUAGCACUUGGGAGCCUACUGAUGAUUUCACUAAUGGUCAAGCCCAUCUUUACAUGUAUGUAUAUACAUAUUUCCUUCUCGUAUUUCAUUCCGCGAAUAUAUUAAGGCUUAAUGUAUUUUCUAACAGGACACAUGAAGCUAUGUUCCUACCUGGAGUGCUCGAUAAGUACUACGAGGAGCUGCUGAUAUACGAUAAGUAUCUAGCUGAGCUCAGUCGCAGGCCCUUCCCGAACCAGGACAAGCAUAUGAAUGAGCUCAGGCUCUUAUCAGGAUCUGCCGAUUUUUCAAGUCAGAAGGCUCUUGUUGCUCACCACGAUCAACGAGUUGAUGACCCCAUUGUUGUUUCUGCCUCAACAUACGUUGACUCAUCAUCAAGUCAGAACUCCUCUGUUGUUCCUGAUCAGCACCUCUAUGAACGCAACGAUAUGAUUGGAGGUGGUAAUGAAGCUUCGUCUAUUUCUCCUGCUCCACCAGCAAGGCCAUGGAGAGAGGGGGAUGAGUGA